CCGGCACAGAUAAGAACUUCUGAGUUCCAUACCUUGGUUCAUUGAAAGGGGAUUGUUCAAUGGACGGAUCCUAACUUGGGGGGACAGAGACUUUUAACAUACCUCAGUCUUCAAUUAUUUUGCAGCUUCCUUGUUAUAUUAGUUUCUCUGGUUUUGCACAUGGACAUGGCCAUUGCUUUAAUUACCCUACUGCCAUAAUAGUUUGCACAUGGACAUGGUUUCUCAACAUGAUGACAAUUAAGGUCUUCCUUGUUCUAUUAAUUUUAAAAAUGAGAGUUAUAGGGAAUUUUUCAAUUUUUUUUACACAACCAAUUGCGCAUUGGCAGAGCCCGAAAAUUUCUAGUAAUCAACUGUAAGUGACUGGCUUCUGGCAUCCUUACAAUAGGUAUUAAAACAAAAAAAAAAGCCAUAUUUUUUAGCCAUUGAAUGUGCUAGUAACCUCCAAAGGGUCACCAGCAUGUAACUUUACAAAAAUUUUGUAUCCUCCCUCAUUAUUUGCGUGACGAGUCUAUGUAACAUUGGUAUAAAGUGUAUUUUAAUAAAAAGGUUCAAUUAAAUGUGCAAUUAGGUUGAAAAGAUACAUAAGCUGGGUUAGAAAGGUAAAUUUCUUAAGUACGAGGGGGUGAAAUUAUAUUAAAAAAGUACAAAAUUGUCAAGAGAUCAAGUUACUUGUUGAAAAAGAUAAUAAAGUCAAAAUACAUAAUUUUCAUUGUCAAACCCUACAUUCCUGAUCCCUCAUUCAGGUGCGGCCAAACAGAGCACCUCUUCGGCUCUUCUUCUCUUAUUAACUAAAACAAAGCCACUCUUCCUCUUCCUCUUAGAUUAGAUGCCAUUGUUACAAAAUCUCCUCCUCUGCCAUUGAAAGAGAAUCAACAGCCGGUACUUAUUAAGCGAAAAUACAGCAGGUAUGAAAGAAAUGAUGGUGGAGGAGAAACGAGAAGUAGAAGAAGAAGAGGUAAAGGUGGUGGAGGAGGAGGAGGAGGAAAGAAUUCAGAGCUUCAAAGAAUUGGGAGUGUGCUCAGAGCUGGUGGAGGCGUGCGACAAUUUGGGAUGGAAAGUACCCACAAGGAUUCAGAUGGAGGCCAUUCCCCACGCCAUUCAAGGGAACGACAUCAUUGGACUUGCCCAAACUGGUUCUGGUAAAACCGCUGCUUUUGCUCUGCCAAUUCUCCAAGCUCUUCUUCAAGCUCCCCAACCUUUCUUUGCCUGUGUCCUUUCUCCCACACGAGAGCUGGCUAUUCAAAUUUCUGAACAGUUUGAAGCUUUGGGAUCAGGGAUUGGUGUCAAGUGUGCUGUGCUUGUUGGAGGAGUUGCCCAAACUGACCAGAGCAUUGCCCUUGCUAAGCGCCCCCAUAUUGUUGUGGCAACCCCUGGUCGCCUCAUUGAUCAUCUUUCGAAUACUAAAGGUUUUACCCUGCGUAUGUUGAAGUACUUGGUAUUGGAUGAAGCAGACAGGUUGCUGAAUGAGGAUUUUGAGAAAUCACUCGAUGAGAUAUUGAAUGUUAUUCCUCGUGAAAGGAAGACAUAUUUGUUUUCUGCUACCAUGACAAAGAAGGUCAAGAAGCUCCAGAGGGCAUGUCUGAGGAAUCCUGUGAAGAUAGAAGCUGCAUCUAAGUAUUCCACAGUGGAUACGCUUAAGCAACAGUAUCGCUUUGUUCCUGCAAAGUAUAAGGAAUGCUAUCUUGUUUAUAUUCUAACUGAGAUGUCUGGAAGCACGUCGAUGGUGUUUACACGUACAUGUGAUGCAACUGGUCUUUUGGCUUUGAUGCUGAGGAACCUGGGCUUAAGGGCCAUCCCUAUUAGUGGCCAUAUGACCCAGGCAAAAAGACUCGGAGCCUUGAACAAGUUUAAGGGUGGAGAAUGUAAUAUCCUCAUUUGUACUGAUGUUGCUAGUAGAGGGCUAGAUAUUCCAUCUGUUGAUAUGGUUAUUAAUUAUGAUAUCCCCACAAACUCAAAGGACUAUAUACAUCGGGUUGGAAGAACUGCUCGCGCAGGACGAUCAGGUGUUGCCAUUUCAUUAGUCAAUCAGUAUGAGUUGGAGUGGUAUAUACAAAUAGAGAAGCUCAUUGGGAAGAAGUUACCCGAAUUCCCAGCUCAAGAAGAAGAAGUCUUGCUUCUGUUGGAGCGGGUCAUGGAGGCUAAAAGAAUCUCUCAAAUGAAACUCAAAGAAACUGGUGGGAAGAAGAAACGAAGGGGAGGAGAUGAUGUCGACGAAGAUGUUGAUAGAUAUUUAGGUUUGAAGAAUGGGAAAGCAAAAAAGUUUAAAAAUCGAUGAUGAAAGAAUGAAUGCAGCAGUAGCUUACAGGGUUUUCAGAUAUUAGCAAUCGGAAAUAUGAAAAGCUUAGGAAGAGAUCAUGGAGGGGGAAGAUUUGAAAAUGUAAAAUCAUUUAAGAAGCCUGAGUAAAGAUACCUACCAAUUUUGUUCCAUUUUAAUCCUAGAUGGGGUACGAUAGAAUUUUAUUUCUUUUUGCUUUUUAAAUACAAUUGUAUUGUUGCCUAAAGGUUUCUAUAUUAUUGUUUAGAAACUGAUUAUGAAGUGAAAAAUUGUGCAUUUAUGGGCUA